UAAAUCCAUCCAUACAGCCGAUGAUUCUUCAUUUUUCUCAACAACGCAAAAUUCCCAAACAAUCUUUUAUAAGCUUUUUUGAACAAUCAUUUUGAAUAAUCAAUAGUUAAUUGUGUUUAGUAGCUAAUUUGUUUUUACUUUAUACCCACAAUGUCUCAACCGUUUUUAUUCGGUAAUGGUAAUAGCCAACAACAGUCAAAAUAUCUUGUUGAAUUCAAAGCUGGUAAAAUGACUAUGAAUGGUUCAACUGUCACUCCAAUUAAAAGGAAAGGAUUGGUUUAUCUGCAUCAAAGUGAUGAUAAUUUGAUGCAUUUCUGUUGGAAAGAUCGUCAAACUGGUGUUACUGAAGAUGAUCUCAUUCUGUUUCCAGACGAUGCGGAGUUUAAAAAGGUUCCACAAUGUACAACAGGUCGAGUUUUUGUUUUAAAAUUUAAAACAUCGAAAAGAUGUUUUUACUGGAUGCAAGAGCCUAGCUCAGACAAAGAUGAUGACUUCUGUAAAAAGAUAAAUGAAUAUCUAAACAAUCCACCCACUCCAGGAUCAAGAGGAAGUUCUUCUGGAGGUCCAUCAUUAUCUGGAGGCCUUGGUAGUCUUGGUAGUUUAGCUGAACUAGGAUCUCUUCGAGAGUCUGAGUUCCAGAAUUUACUUAAUAAUAUAAACCCACAGCAGUUGAUGCAAAUGAUAGGCAUGCAAAAUUCGUCUGGCCUUUCAUCUAGGCCACACAGAUCAGGAAUUAGCUCCGUGCUCAGUGGGACUGGUGCUAAUUCAUCCAGUCUUAAUCGUGUAGGGGACGUAGAGCAAUCAGCAUCUAGGACUGCAUCUGAAGCUACUGCGACAAAUACUAGUUCUUCUGGAAGUUCUCAGCCUCGUAUUCAAUUGGGUGACCUACAAUCAAUUAUUUCUGGUUUAUCCGUACCUAAAGGAGAUCAACAGGAUAAAGGGGAAAUUAAAGCAUUAUCCUCCAUAAUCAAAUCUGAAGCUUUACAAACUCUUCUUGCAAACGAAGAGUUUAUGAAAGGAGUUAAAGAACGACUUCCCCCCACAGAGACUGCAGAGUCUGCAUCAACGUCCAUAACAUUAAAUGAACAAGUAUCCUCAACGCUUCAGUCUCCACAAUUUCAACAAGCAUUGAAUAAAUUCGGAAUGGCCUUGCAAUCCGGUCAACUUGGACCCCUUUUACAUCAAUUUGGUCUUAGCCCGGCUUGUAUUGAAGCCGCCAAUAAAGGAGAUCUGGAAGCUUUUGUUAAAGUGCUGGAAGAAGAAGAGAAAAAAAAUCAAGGUGAUAAAAAAGAGGAAAAGAAAGAAGAUACAGAAAUGGCCCUUGAUUAGUAAGAAAGUACGGCGGUUAUUCCUGGUCACCCAGUUUAUAAUAAAGUAAUUCAAAGAAAAAUUUAUUGUCCCGAAGAUUUCAAUGAUUAUUUUGCUCAUCAAUUCAGUUCAGGAUUUUCGAAACUUCUGGCAUUAAUUUAUUCAAAAAAUGAUCGGUUCAAAAUAAAUGUUUAACUUGUAUAAUAAAUAAUUGCAGGAGAAACGACAAAACAAUGAACAAAAAAUGAAAAGAUUU